UCUCGGCCGCUCCGACGCCAGCAGCGCCCGCGUGCCGCUAGCCCAGCCCCGGGGGAGCCCGAGGAAGUUUCCUGGGCCGCGUGCCCCGCUUGCUCGCCUCGCAGUCCGCGGCCUCACCCGCCGCCGCGCCCGCCAUGCCCUCGGCCAAACAAAGGGGCUCCAAGGGCGGCCACGGCGCCGCGAGCCCCUCGGAAAAGGGCGCCCACCCGUCGGGCGGCGCGGAUGACGUGGCGAAGAAGCCGCCGCCGGCGCCGCAGCAGCCGUCGCCGCCCGCGCCGCACCCGCAGCAGCACCCGCCGCAGCAUCCGCAGAACCAGUCGCACGGCAAGGGCGGCCACCGCGGCGGCAAGUCCUCCUCCUCGUCCUCCACCGCCGCCGCCGCCUCGUCCUCGGCGUCCUGCUCGCGCAGGCUCGGCCGGGCGCUCAACUUUCUCUUCUACCUCGCCCUGGUGGCGGCGGCCGCCUUCUCGGGCUGGUGUGUCCACCACGUCCUGGAGGAGGUCCAGCAGGUCCGGCGCGGCCACCAGGACUUCUCCCGGCAGAGGGAGGAGCUGGGCCAGGGCUUGCAGGGCGUCGAGCAGAAGGUGCAGUCUCUUCAAGCCACAUUUGGGACUUUUGAGUCCAUCUUGAGAAGCUCCCAGCAUAAACAAGACCUCACGGAGAAAGCUGUGAAACAAGGGGAGAGUGAGAUCAACCGGAUCAGUGAAGUUCUGCAGAAGCUCCAGAAUGAGAUUCUCAAAGACCUCUCUGAUGGCAUCCACGUGGUGAAGGAUGCCCGGGAGCGGGACUUCACGUCUCUUGAGAACACGGUAGAGGAAAGGCUGACGGAACUCACCAAGUCCAUCAACGACAACAUUGCUAUCUUCACCGAAGUCCAGAAGAGGAGCCAGAAGGAAAUCAGCGAUGUGAAGGCGAAGGUUGCCUCUCUGGAAGACUCUGAGGGCUACAAGCAGGAUUUGAAAGCCUUGACGGAAGCUGUGAAGGAAACACAGUUCUCUGUGAAGUCCAGAGAAAAGGACAUCGAGGCCCUGAGAAGCACCCUCCAGACCUUGGAAUCUGACGUCUACACUGAGGUCAAGGAGCUGGUGAGCCUCAAGCAGGAGCAGCUGAAGUUCAAGGAGGCGGCCAAUUCAGAGCACCUCACCUUGCAGGCCCUCACAGAGAAGCUCCUGCAGUCCGAGGAGGUCACCUCCCGCCUUCCUGAGGAGAUCAGGAGACUCAGGGAGGAGCUGCGCCACCUGGAAGCCGAGGCCCUCAGGCCGGAAGAAGAUGAGGUUUACAAACACUCUGACUCCUUGGCGGCGCUCCAGGAGAAGAGUCAGGGAUUGGACUCCAGGCUCCAAACUGUGGAAGACGGCAUGGACGCCGUGCAGACGGCCUCCACCCGGCACAGCGAGAACCUGGAGGCCCUGCUGGCCAAGAGUGAGGAGCACGAGCGGCGCCUGGCCGCCCUGCAGGAGCGCGUGGUGGGCCUGGGCCCUUCAGGGGCCGACGCAGGCGGCCUGGCCGGCACGGUGGGGAGCCUGGGGGAGGCCCAGCUCUCGCUCUACAGCGACGUGGAGGAGCUGAAGAGAAGCGUGGGCGAGCUCCCCAGCACCGUGGAGGCUCUCCAGAAGGUGCAGGAGCAAGUCCAUAUGCUGCUGGGCCAGGACCCGGCCCGGGUGGCCCCCUUGCCUCAGGACUUCCUGGACAGACUCUCUUCUCUAGACAACCUCAAAGCCUCAGUCAGUCAAGUGGAGUCAGACUUGAGGAUGCUCAGGACUGCCGUGGACAGUUUGGUCGCCUACUCGGUGAAAAUAGAAACCAACGAGAACAACUUGGAAUCAGCUAAGGGCUUGUUAGAUGACCUGAGAAAUGACCUGGAUAGGUUGUUUUUGAAAGUGGAAAAGAUUCACGAAAAAGUCUGAAUGAAUUGCGUGUGCAGGGUGCAGAGUUAAGUCGUUUCUCAUGACCAAAAAAUGUGUUGUUUUCUCCCGCCGUGCCCUACCCCCCCAUGUUCUUGUCCCCUCUUAAAAAGCAGUGGACGACCCCCCCCGAACAAGACAUUUUGUGUUUUUGUGCCCAGUUAAUUUAUUUACGAGUAUUACCACACACCAUUGGUUUCUCAAGUUUUCUGCUUCUGCUUUUGGUUUUCCUCAAGGCCGGGCCCCUGCCAAUCAGAGGUGCCUUUUAGAAGGGAUGUCUCUAGUGUCAGAGAAGAAUGGCUUCAACUGAGGAUUAGCAGAGGCAGAUUAAGUGUAACCUCAGAAAACCUUGCCUGGCUGGCAGAUUUCACAUAAAA